UGAAAAGUGCAUAUUUUGAAUUCUUUUUUGUUUAUUCCAAGGAAUUUGUUAUAUUUUAAUUUUGAUGUAUAUUUUUUAUAUAAACAAUUAUAAAAAUCCCAAUAAAAGAAUUAGAAAUACUAAAGUUCAUCAAUUAAAACAAUUUAUCUACUCAAUUACUGAAUAAAAACAUAAACAAAUGAAAGUCAAACAAAAUUGAUUGUUUUUUGCGGAUGCUUUAAAACAGUUAAUUGUUGUUUAUUGUUAAUAAUAAAAACAAUAAAAUGCCAGUUUAUUGUUGUAUAAAAUCGUGCAAUAACAAUUCCAUUCACAAUCGAGACCUGAAGUUUUAUGAAUUUCCAAAAGUUUGGACUAGAACUCCAGAAUUAAGGAAACUAUCUGAGAUACGAACUAAUAAAUGGUUUGCAGCUAUCAAUAGAAAAAAUCUUAAUACUAAAACAAGUAGAGUUUGUUCAGUACAUUUUCAUUCAGGAAGAUGUGCACAAUUAACGGACCGAUUAAGUCUAGAUUGGGUACCGUCUUUGCACUUAAGCAAACCCGAAGGCGAAGUUUCAUCGAGCUCCGAAGAUGAAGAUAUGAAUGACGAAUCUAAUGAGAAUCAAGAAGAGUUCCUAGAGGAAUAUUUAAAUGUAUAUAAGACAAAUGUAGAAACAAAAGCAGAACCAAAAAGAAAACGUAUAAUUCGACCCAUAAACUGCUGUGUUCCCAACUGUAAAAAUGUUCGUCCUUCACAACAAUCAAAUAUCAAGUUCUUCCGCUUUCCCAGUGCAAAACAAAAAAUAAACGGAAAAAUAAUUCCCAAAAGUGAAAGACUUACUGCUUGGAUACUUGCUAUCAAUAGAAUUGAUAUAACAAAUUUAAAUGCUCGCUAUAAAAUUAUUUGUUCUGAACAUUUUAAUUCAGGAGCUCCAUCGAAGGCUGGCGAUAAGUCCCAUCCAGACUGGAUUCCCAAUCAAAAGCUGCCAACGACACUCACUAGAGCAUUAAAGAGAACUUCUGGCCCUUCUAUUUCUUCUCCCACAGCAAAUAAGCCAUCAAUACAAUCUUAUGAAAGCGAUUUAGUAGAAAACUAUGAUCCGUUAGCUGAAGAAGAAAUACAAAUGCAAGUUAGCGACUCUGAAAUAGAAGGGUUGACAAAUUUUGAAUCUGAAGAUCUGAAAAAAGAAAUCGAACAAUUAAGACAUGAGAACGGUUUUUUAAACAAGAGACUGGUCGACAAGGAUAACACAAUAAUAGAGCUAAAUACAAAAUAUCUAAGGCUCUUAGAAACGCAUAAAAUCCAAAUAAGAGAGAAAGAUGCACGGAUACAGCUUUUGGAAAGUACAAAUACAAGAAUCUCACUCUCGCAAGGGAGUUUCAAAAUAGAUGACAAAAAGGUCAAUUACUUCACCGGUUUGCCAAGUUAUGCGGUAUUAGAAAUAAUUUAUAACUUCGUUGAACAACAAUUAGUGUGUUGUUUGAAGAAAGGCGUAAAUAAAUUUGAUGCGUUGAUUUUGGUAUUGAUGAAGCUACGAUUUGAUCUUCCACUGACGUACAUAGGCUACCGAUAUUGCAUUGCAGGGAACACAACAGCGACCAUUUUUCAUUCUAAUCUUAAAAUGUUAAGUAAAAAAAUUGGUCCUUUCAUUCGAUGGCCUGAAAAAGCAGCACUCCGUGAAAACACCCCGGCGUACUUUAAACGAAUUUUAGGAAAUAAAUUCACAGCUUUGUUAGAUUUUAUCGAAGAUCCAGGUCCUAAUGUGUCAGAGGAAUCUAUAAUAGAAGGAGAAUACACGAAAUAUAAGUACUUGAUUGCUAUAUCACCAGCAGGAGCUAUAAUCUACGUUUCCAAAGGCUAUAACAAUAGUUUAAGUUUAAAAGAAAUUGCCGAAAGUUGUGGAGUUCUCGAUUACACUGAGGACGGUGAUAUCAUUUUAACUGAGCGUGGACUAACUAAACAUCAAGUUUGUACCUAUAAUGGCUCGAAGGUGUUGGUACAAUCAGCCAACGAAGAGAACGAUUUAUUAGAUACACUGUUGCAGAAUACCACCGCAUCCAACAAAGAGAUCGAACCAGAAGCUGAUAAAUGUCGUAUUUUUCUUCAAAAAUCAAUUCCAAAUCUUAGGAACAAAUUCUUUGUUCUUUCGAAUAAAUACAAAGUUGCUCUACUUAAAUCUUAUAAGAAUAAUGAAGAAGAACGUUAUUUUGAUUUUGUUCUUAAAGUUUGUUGUGCACUUACGAAUGUAUCACCUGCUCUCUUAAGUUUUGAAACUAAAAAAAGUUAGCUUUAAUUUAUUUUUGUUAAGUAAAUAAAAAAAAAGUUA